UUUUUAUCCGUGUGUGUAUUUUUGAUAUGUUUGGCGUGUGAACAGGACUUUUAUUUUGGUACAGCGUUGUGACGUCAUAAGGCAGCUUCGAGCUCCUGCAUCUGUUGUGACUGGGCUGAAGAAAGAUGGCGUUUAUUAAAGAGGAGAGUGAAGACGUGAAGAUUGAAGAAACAUUGAGAGUUAAACAAGAAGAUACUGAGGAACAAACAGACCUCAUGCCGCUGAAAGAGGAGCGCAUAGUACUGAAUGAAACGGAUGAGAAUGAACAAAAUGAGACUCAUCAUGAUUUUAAAACCGGAGAAGAAUCUUUCUGUUGGCCACAGAUUAAAGAGACUUUCUCACAGAAGACCGCUCAUAAAACAGGAACUGAAAGUUAUUUUACACCUUUUCACUCUAAAAAGAGUUUCAAGGAACAUGAAAACCUGAAAGUCCACAAUGGAGGGAAGACAUUCCCCUGCCAACAGUGUGGAAAAAAAUUUACUCAACAAGGAAACCUUAACAGGCACAUGAGAGUUCACACUGGAGAGAAGCCUCACACCUGCCCUGAGUGUGGAAAGAGUUUCGAUCGUAAUGGAAACCUUAAAGAGCACAUGAGAGUUCACACUGGAGGGAAGCCUUUUACAUGCCAACAGUGUGGAAAAAGUUUUACUCAAAAAGGAAACCUUAACAGGCACAUAAGAGUUCACACUGGAGACAAGCCUUACACCUGCAAACAGUGUGGAAAGUGUUUCGAUCAUAAUGGAAACCUUAAAGUGCACAUGAGAAUUCACACUGGGGAGAAACCAUACACCUGCAAACAGUGCGGAGUCAGUUUUACUCAUGAUGGAAACCUGUACAGGCACAUGAGAAUUCACACUGGAGGGAAGCCUUUCACCUGUCAACAGUGUGGAGUCAAUUUCACACUUCAAGGAAACCUUAAAUCCCACAUGAAAAUUCACACUGGAAAGAAGCCUUUCACCUGCCAACAGUGUGGAAAAAGUUUCAGUAGAAAAGGAAACCUAAAUGACCACACGAAAAUUCAUACAGGAGAGAGUCCUUUUACCUGCCAACUGUGUGAUAAAAGUUUCAGCCGGAAAGGAAGCCUUAAUAAACACAUGACAAUUCACACAAUAAAAAAACUUUAUACAUGCGCUCAGUGUGGAGAGAGUUUCGAUCUACAUGGAAGCCUUAAAGCCCACAUGAGAGUUCACACUGGAGGGAGUUCCUUCAUCUGCCAACAGUGUGGAAAAUGUUUUAGUAAAAAAUCAAACUGUAACAAGCACAUGAGAAAAUUACACAGCAUAUUUUCAACACGAUCUUGAUCAACAUAUGAGAAUUCAAUUGAGAGAACUGUUUUAUGUCAUCAGUAUGGAAGGAGUUUCUCAGACAGGAAUCAUGUAAUAAUGUUAUGAUGUGUAGGAAGCUCAGAAGUGAAGAGCAGGGGCCCGUUCAUGGCUCCAGACGAAUUCUUCCCACUGGUCGCUCUUUUCCAACUAAUAAAUUACAGAAUAUUUAGCAAACACUGAGGAAUGGAUAACCUUAAGAAAAAUUAAAGCAUUCAUAAUGUAAUGUGA